AUGAGCAUUUUUGGCUUGAUACAAAUUGGCCUCAUACUGUUGUGCACUGCCACCAUCUCCAGUCUUCAGUGUAAUCAUCUUCCUUUCCAGCAAAGAAAAGCGAUCAAGAACAGCCUGCAACUUUUGGACAAAAUGGGCAAAAAAUUUCCUCAACAAUGUCUAAGAGAGAAAAUGUUCUUCAGAUUUCCUGAGCAGGUUCUAAAGCCCAGACAGAAAGAGACUGUCAAAGUAGCCAUUGAAGAGAUCUUCCAACAUAUCUUCUAUAUCUUUAGCAAAAAUCUGACUCUAGCUGCUUGGAAUGGGACAGCUUUAGAACAAUUCCAAAAUGGACUUUAUCAUCAAAUUGAGCAGUUGGAGGCAUGUGUAAUCAAGAAGCAGAUCCACUACUUUUGGAGUAAAGAAAUGGACAGGCUGAAACUGAAAAAGUACUUCCAAAAAAUAGACUGUUUUCUUAAAGACAAACAACACAGCUUGUGCUCCUGGGAGAUCAGCCGUGCAGAAAUGAGGAAAUGUCUUCAGUUGAUUGACAAAGUCAUAAGGAAGCUUAACAACUAA